AUGAAGUACAAAGGACCUCAAACAAGUGACACAAAACUAGGACUUAGCGCACACAGCGACAAGAAUGUUGUGACCAUUUUGUACCAAAAUCAAGUGGAGGGUUUACAAGUUAUGACCAAAGAUGGAAAAUGGAUAAGCUACAAGCCUUCUCCUGGCAAUUUUGUAGUUAUAAUUGGUGACUCUCUCCAUGCAUGGUCAAAUGGGAGAUUGCAUCCCCCAAUUCAUCGGGUGAUGAUGAGUGGGAAUGAGGCAAGAUAUUCGACAGCCUUGUUCAGUAUCUUUAAAGGAGGGAGCAUUAUAAAAGCUCCGGAGGAGUUGGUGGAUGAGGAACACCCUUUGCUCUUUAUGCCCUAUGAUCAUGUUGAGUUUCUUAAGUAUAAUUUCUCUGAAGAAGGCCAGAGGGACCAAAAUGCUUUGCGCACUUUUUGUGGUGUCUGGACUAAGGUUGUGUUAUUGAAAGAGGGUGUGCCAUAUAAAUAA